GUGGACAUCUUGUUAAUUUUGCUGAGGCGAGGGAGAGAGAAAAAGACACGUUAAAAUUACACCAAUUACAACGCGAAUCGUUCCGGUUUGUAUGACAUAACAGCAAGAUAAUUAGCGUACAGUCGUCAGGACGUGGUUGGUUUAUCUCAAGGGCGAAUUUUGGAACAUUUUUAUUGAAAGUGAAUGUAUGUUAGCUAGCUACCAAGUUAGCAUUCCGCUAGCCAAAUCACAGAGGAAGAAUAAGAGUUAGCAUUAGCUAGCUAGCUUGACGUUUAGCUGGCUACUUGGCCUAGGUAGAAGUUGGAGGGUAAGCCACUCCACGAAGUGGUAAGAUGGCGCUUAAACGAAUCCAGAAGGAACUGACUGAUUUGGGGCGUGAUCCUCCUGCCCAGUGCUCGGCAGGUCCUGUUGGAGAUGACUUGUUCCACUGGCAGGCUACAAUUAUGGGGCCUAAUGAAAGUCCGUAUCAGGGUGGAGUUUUUUUCCUGACUAUACACUUCCCAACAGAUUACCCCUUCAAACCUCCAAAGGUUGCAUUCACCACAAGAAUCUACCAUCCAAACAUCAACAGCAAUGGCAGUAUCUGUCUGGAUAUCCUCAGGUCCCAGUGGUCUCCUGCUCUGACCAUCUCAAAAGUUCUGCUGUCCAUCUGCUCACUCUUAUGUGACCCCAAUCCAGACGACCCUCUAGUGCCAGAGAUCGCCCGAAUCUACAAAACUGACACAGAGAAAUACAACAGAAUAGCGCGGGAAUGGACUCACAAGUAUGCCAUGUGAUGUUGGCAAGACACACUCACAAACAGGCGUUUGUGCUCUCAUGUUUUUGGACACUGUCGUCAGGCCAUUUUUACCCCCCCCCCUCCCCCCCUCCCACCCUACGACUCCGCUCUACAGGAACAUUUGUCAUUAUUUAGCUUCAGGACUCACAACUGUUCUCAGGCCUGACGUGGACUCCACCAACCCAGUCGGACCCUUCACUCUCUUCCCCAUCUCAUUUCCUAGUCAGCUCCUCUGACACCCCCCCUCCCCCCUCCCCCCUCCUCAUUAUUCAUCUCACCUCUGUAUGAUCACAGGCCCAUUUGCACUGGUAACUUAGCAACAGUGAGAAUGCGUGUCUCCAGGCUGUUGUGCUGCUGGAGGUCAAGCUGCCGCAGCAUUUAAUGCAUGUUCUUUCACAAAAGAAGGGGUCAGAGGUCAUGGGUCAGUUUGAGGGUGAGACGGACUCCGGUUCUGUUUGGGUUUUUUUUUUUUUGGUUUUUUGUUUUUUCUGACAUUUUGAGCGCUUAUUACAUAUUUCGGCCCCACCCCCCCCCCCAAAAAAAUUCUCUUCUUUCGCACUGAGUACAACACAUAUGGCCGGAACGUCUAUAAAAGGCCCCCUCCCCCCCGCUACUUUUUAUUUUAUUUUCCCUCAAUAAAGUUGUGUAAAUCCUC